AGGACCAUCCCCAGCUAGAUCAUUCCAGCCAGGACUUUGUCAAGCUGGGCCUUAAAAACCUCCAAGGAUGGAGAUUCCACUACCUCCAUCCACGCAUGACAGAGGUCAUACAAACAGAUGUCCCCAAAGAGACAGAUGCCAAGCAGUGGCCCAGGGAUCCUUGUUCCCAAUAACUGACUAUUCCCAGUCCCUGUAAUGCAGCUCUGUUAGCCCCAGCGCUCUCAGUGCAACACAGUGUCGUGCACAGUUACCAAAGCUGGCUCUUGCAUUCAAAGAUUUCCUCAGCCAGGUGCAGUAUGGCUGCGUUAGCCUUAGGCUGCACACAGGCUGAUUAUUUGUGCUCACAGCACUGCAGAGCAGCUCUGGAUCAGAGAGGUGGGCACAACCUGUACAGUCGUCUGCACCAUACGCCCAAGACUAUGGUGUUCCCGAAUGCAGUACUGUGCAGUGAGAUUGCCCGGUUGAAGGAGACAUACUGGCUCCCUUUGGGGAGGUAGCGGAUGCAAAGCAGCAUAGCAUUUCAGCCCAACUAACUGCCUGGCACCAUGGGAAUAUUUGGGGCAGGGAGCUAUGCAUCGUUCCCUUUCAUAUUUGUCCACAGCAUUUUGAGACUCCUUGGUUGAGAGCCACUGGUCUAGCAGACCAAGGCAGAGUGAGACGCACUGGCUUUCAGCUGAAAAGAAACAAAUUCAGCCUGGAAAUCUGGAGCUGGCGGUCAACAGAGAGUGGGAAGAGUCAGUCAUUGGAAAGAAGGAUCCCUGGCAUCUGUCUCUUUAGGGACAGCUCUUUGUAUGAGCUGUGUUGUGAGUGGAUGGAGGAAUCCCUGAGGAUUGCUGGACAGGGGUCUGGAGCUAUUGCCUGGUGCCAAGAGAUCUGUCAGUUCUGUGGUUCCCUCAGGUCCCAGGGAGCACGAGGGCAGGGUUUCGUUGGGGGUGAUGACGAAAGUGUCGAGGAAGAGCCAGAACGAGAAGUACCGGCUGAAGUACAGCCGGCUACGCCGGGCAGCCAAGGCCAUGGUGUUCGAAAAUGCAGCACUGUGUGAUGAGAUUGCCCGGCUGCUCACCAAGCUGCUCCAGCUCCAGGCCCUCACAGCCGAGGAGGAGGGCCUUAGUUCCACCAACACGACUACGACACCAACAGGGGGUGGCCCACCAGGGUACAGCACGGCACCCACACCUGGCCCGGAUGAGACACCAGCCACAGGGAAGCGCCCCAAGAAGGGUAAAGAGAAUGGGCGGGCAGAGGCGCUACGCCGUGCCUCCAAGCGGCGGGGAGCAGCACCUGAUAGGCCGGUCCGGCGGCUGGUCCAGCCUGUGCCACUGGACCCUUCAGGGCGGCCAGUGUUCCCUAUCACUCUGGGUGGGCUGACGAUCUACAGCCUAGGGGAGAUUGUGUCUGACCGGCCAGGCUUCCAUGACGAGGGAGCCAUCUACCCAGUGGGGUUCUGUAGCACCCGGGUGUAUGCCAGCAUGCGGCACCCUGACCAGCGCUGCCUCUACACUUGCCAGAUCAAGGAUGGUGGGUCUGGCCCCCGCUUUGAGAUUGUGCCUGAGGAUGAGCCUGGUAGUGCCCUGGCAGGCCCCACAGCUGAUGCCUGCCACACCCAGCUGUUGGCAGCCAUUGGGGCUGCCCGGGAUCGGCCCUACCCCGAGCUAGAAUCAGCUGGGGCCGACUUCUUCGGGUUUUCACACCCGGCUGUGCAUAACCUUAUCCAGAGCUGCCCCGGGGCCCGCAAGUGCAGUGCCUACCGCUGGGUGCGGUUCGAGGUCUGUCGUCCUGGUGAUGGGCAAAUGCCCCAGGGCCUGCCGGAUGACUCAGCUGCCACCAACUUCCAAGCCUUCCUCCGUCGUGCCCAGGAGGAGGAGGAGCAGCAGCAGAGGGACCAUGGAGGUGUCACUACUGUGGUGACCACUACUGCUGCAGCUGGGGGAGCACUGGGCCUACCUACAACCCGGCCUAGCCAGGCCUUUGCCUCACCCCGGCCCUAUGGGGACUUGUUCCUGAGCCACCAAUCCGCCCACUGCAGCCCUAAUAGCUCCGAUGAGUGAGACCCCUUCCCUCUAUCCUCUGGUGCCCUUUGCCCCUCCACUUUCUCCUGUUUCCUUGGCCCCUGUUGGGGACUUAUUUCUAUACUUCUCAGUAUGUGCACCACCCAUGUCUACUCCAGUCUGCACCCCUACCAGUCAACUCCCUUUUUCUACCAACUGAGCCCAUACAACCCCCUGUAUUAGCAGAGCUCAAAAAAUCCAUGGAUCCCUCUUCCCCUCCGAAGAUCAAUAGGGGAGUGGCCAACUCGGUCCAGUAGGGAGAAAUCCAUGGACAUGCCUCCUAUGCACCUUGAGUAUCUCUAGACAUAACAGGUGGUACUCCCAAAAUGCAGUGAGGUAUUCAUAGCCAGUGUGAAGUGUUGAGAGGAAAAGGGUCUGUUCCUAACUGCUCUGGAAUAAAGAAGAUGGUGGAAAGCACUUGUACGGGCUCCAGCUGCUGCAUUCAUGGCACUGGGGGAAGGGUUGGUUCCUAUGGUCUUCUGUGUGGGAGGAUCUGACAACCAAUGGGUCUGGAGUUCUGUCCCUGCGUUGGGCAUUGAACAGACUGAUGGAUACUUCUGGAUGUGGGGUUGCUUAGUGCUGGCCCCAUCCCAGCUACAGGGCUCCUCCCCCCUGCACAAUCAACUGACACAAUCCAAUCUGGGUGCAGAAGGCUUGCCCCCCUGUACUGUGGGAGCAGAUCUUGCCCUGUCCACCUGCUACUGUACAGAGUGACUCUGCCUCAGCUCUGCAGCAGUUGGAUCACACCAACCCCACCCCUGGGGACCCCAGAGCUGGACCCUGCCCUGGGCCUUUCUAUAACCUGCUUCCGUACUCUACUGACAUGAUCUCUGCUUGGACAUCAGCACCCCCU